ACUGUUGUCAAGAGGCCAGUGGGUGCUCUAUGUAUUUAUUAUGUCUAUAGUGUCUCAAAACAUCCUACGCUAACGCAAUGAGAGCGCGACGAAUGUAUGUUGUUAUUGCGAGAAAGGAUAUGGAGAGAAACGCGCUUGUUAAAGUUGGUGCGAUGGCCAGCGCCACUGUGUGUGCGCUUUUCAGUGGAGUCGUGUUCGCUCAGUACGUUUUCACCAAAAAGCAAAGAGCCGGCAAGAAAACCAAAAUAAUCGAAAUGAUGCCAGAGUUUGAGAAAAAUACAGUUCACAUCAGAGACCCUGAGCGGGUAGAGCAGAUUAUCUGCUGUCUCAUUAAGGGUGGAGCAUCAAAACUACAGAUCAUCACAGAUUUUGAUAUGACGUUAAGCAGGUUUGCUGUGAAUGGAAAACGCUGCCCAACAUGUCACAAUAUUAUUGACAACUGCAAGCUUGUCACAGAAGAUUGUAGGAAAAAGCUGCUCAAGCUAAAGGAGACAUAUUACCCUAUAGAGAUAGACCCUCAUCUGACUAUGGAGGAGAAAUAUCCAUUUAUGGUGGAAUGGUACUUAAAAUCACACACGUUACUGGUAGAACAGAGGUUGCAGAGGGCCAAACUCCCAGAGGUGGUGAGAGAAUCUGAUGUCUGUCUCAGGGAAGGGUACGAGCAGUUCUUCGACCAGCUGCAAGAGUACAGCGUUCCUGUCUUCAUUUUUUCAGCAGGUUUAGGAGACGUGCUGGAGGAAAUUAUAAGACAGGCUGGCAUCUACCACCCUAAUGUCAAAGUUGUGUCUAAUUUCAUGGAUUUUGAUGACAAUGGAGUUCUAAAAGGCUUUAAAGGAGAGCUGAUCCAUGUUUAUAACAAGCAUGAUGGUGCCCUGAGAAACACAGAAUAUUUCAACCAACUAAAGGACAAUGGGAAUAUUAUUUUGCUUGGAGACUCACUCGGUGAUCUCAAUAUGGCAGAUGGUGUGCCCAACGUGGAGAAUAUCCUCAAGAUUGGGUUUCUCAAUGAUAAGGUAGAGGAACUAUUGGAAAAAUACAUGGACUCUUAUGAUAUUGUGUUAGCGAGAGAUGAAACACUCGAAGUGCCUAACUCCAUUUUACAGAAGAUCUUAUAAAUUACAUCAUACGACACAAGACUAGGACAAGACUAAUAAUAUAUAUAAUGUAAUGUUUUACCAGUACUGAGAUCAAGCUCCAUCUGUUUUUACUGUACAUUUCUCACAUGCUCCAAGCCAGUGGUGCUCAACUCCAGUUGUCGGGACCCACUGCUCUGCAUAUUGUGCAUGUCUCUCUUAUUUAACACACCUGAUUCAGAUCAUCAGCUCGUUAGGAUAGAUUCCAUGAACUGAACUGAGUGUGUCAGAUAUGAGAGACAUCCAAAAUGUGCAGAGCAGUGGGUCCCGAGGACUGGACUUGAGAACCACUGCUCUAAGCUAUACAUUGUCCAGCCCUAUUUUUAAAGUCCCUUGCUCACAAUGAGUUUAAAGUAUUUUUGAUAUAUGAAAACAUUUGUGUUUAGUGCUUGCAGUAGAAUUAGAAAUUGUACACUUUGAAAAAAAACCCUCAACUAUUGUACAGUAGCGAUCAUUCUUACAAUCAUGUGCACUUAGAAUUUCAAUGAGAACUGUAACAGCUCUUCAAUUUCAUACAAGUAUGUGGGCUGCAUGCAAAGAAUAAAUAAAGCAAUGUUUUGUAUAUUGUUACAAAACCUUAGUGAUAAAUUUGAAUUUCCUUUG